AUGGCUAAAACAUCUAGAUUCGUUCCCCAAAAAGAAAAAGCCUCUUCAUCAUCGCGGCCGGCCAGAAGUAAAACAGUGGUGCCACCUCGUAUCGAGGAGUGCCUCAGAGAUGCCGUUGCUAUGCAACCGCCCCCACCCGGUGAAGAAGAGAUCCCAAUGCCUUCCAAAGAAAAGAAAAGAAAGAGGGGGUCGCCUACAAAUCCCUCGAAGCCAAAGAAAAGAACGGAUCAAAAGGCUAAGGCCGAUACUGUGGCCCUAUCAUCAGAAAUGGCCCAACGCCUUUGGGAUAAGGAUGAAGAAGGGGAUGAUGACGAUUGCAUGUUGGUAGUUCAAAAAAUAGGAAGCACUAAUGCUUUGAAAUCUUCCGAAACGAUGGUGGAUGAUGCUGUUUAUUCUAGGACUGAAGAAAUCUCCGAGGGGAGUUCGAUCAAAGUCCCCGAGCCAUCGGGCAGCAAAAGAGCACUUCGUCCUGGAGGUCAUUUGGAGGGCGAGACCGAGGGGCCCGGUCCCGAGGCCCUUCAAAGAGAAGAGAAUGCCCCGAGUGGGUCACUUGGGGUAAUUAACGAGGAUGAUUCACCGCCUGGUCCGGAGUUCUUCGAGGGGCAACUCCAAGAUGCUCGGAACAUGAGAACUCUUGAUCUGGCUUCAAUCGAAUGCCGUCUACAAAGUGUGAAGGGGGAGAGCCUGGCUCGAAGUCGGAAAAUCGAGGAGCAUGAAGCUAAAUCUGCUGUUGAGCUUGCCAAGGCCAAAUCUAAUGCAGAAGCAUUUAUAUCUUCGUAUCGAGCUGACAGUGAAGCAGCUAAAACCCAUGCAAAGGAGAUCUCUGCUGCGGCCGAAGUUAAGCUAUCAUGUGCACUUGACCACGCCAUGCGACAAUCCCGGAGAGAAACCCUCAAGGAGGUGCAUGCUUGCGGCUUCGAUCUCUCAGCUGAUAUUGAAAAGGCAAAGACUUUGGAAGAAAAGGCUGUCGCUUUGCUUUCUGAUGACGAGGAUUCACCCAGUGGCUCCGAGAGCGGAGGAGACGAAAAUGAAUUCCCCGAGGAGGAGGCUCCCGAAGAUGCGGCUCUCGAUGAUGCAGCUGCCGAAAAUGUGGCCCCGGAGUAG